AUGAUACCUCGGUGCCGCAUUGGCUUUAACGCAGCAGCAGUAACGCAUCGUUCCCUAGUCGCGACUCCGAAGCCGACAUCUUCCUGCCUGCCCUCGGCCUUAUUACGCGGUCAUACUUCUACCCCAGGAACUCCCAGUCAGCCGAGGCCUCAAUCCUACUUCCGCGCUCACUUUCGUACCCUCGGUAUCAGCAAACACACCUCAGUCCUUGGCAUUACCAACAAGGUUGAACUUGAGCGCACAGCCUCAAAAGAAGAUCCCGAGCCACAUAGAUCAAGUAGUUCUGGUCUUGUCCUCGCGGCAUUACUAUUGGGAAUAACAGCUCUCUUGUACAACAACCUGAGCAGCGGCAAUAGCGGCCAACAAACACAUUCAGACCUUGACGAAAUUCUAAUCACAAUCGACAACAUGCCCGAAAUACCCCCCGGAAGGCCUGGAAACCUGACGCCCGAACAGGACGAGCUUCUGCGUAAACUCUGGUCCCGUCUCUUUGAAGUAUGCGGUGUUAUACAAGCAGAGACACCGGCUCGGGUCGCCGAGACGCCGACGGCAGACGCCGAUGCGGACAGCGGCAAGAAGAAGAGCAGAAUGGGUUUGUUCUCCAGAAGGAAAACGGACGCAUCGACGACUAAUGGCGCCGCCCAGGAGGGCGAUUCCGAAGACAAGUACGGCCAAAACAAAAUCUUCCAAGAAACCCUCGCCAACAUGCCCCCUGAUGAGAUCCGCAAAACAAUAUGGAGUAUGGUCAAGUUUGACCACCCUGACGCGCUCGUAUUGCGCUUCCUCCGCGCGCGCAAGUGGGACGUUGAGAAGGCGCUAAUCAUGCUUGUAUCGUCCAUGUACUGGCGCUGCAAGGAGGUCAAGGUGGACGACAACAUCAUGAGCCGGGGCGAGGGUGGCAUGGCCCAGGACGAGAAGGAGGCUCCCGAAGGGUCAGACGAGCAAAAGAUGGGCAAGGGAUUCAUGGCGCAGCUGCGCAUGGGCAAGAGCAUAGCGCACGGCGAAGACAAACUCGGCAGGCCCGUUGUCUAUGUCAAGGUCCGCCUACACAGGGCGGCCGACCAGACCCCAGAGAGUAUCGAGAGGUAUACCAUAUUUCUCAUCGAGACAGCUAGGGCGCUGAUUAAGCCUCCCAUUGAUACUGCGACGCUCAUCUUUGAUAUGACGGACUUUUCAAUGGCCAAUAUGGACUACUCCCCUGUCAAAUUCAUGAUCAAGUGCUUCGAGGCAAACUAUCCCGAAUCGCUGGGUGCUGUACUGGUCCACAAGGCACCCUGGGUCUUCCAAGGCAUUUGGAGGAUCAUCCGCGGCUGGCUCGACCCGGUAGUGGCGGCCAAGGUGACCUUUACCAAUGACAUCAACGCCCUGCAGGAGUACGUAUCACUAGACAAGGUACCCGUCGAAAUGGAGGGCAAGGAGCAAUGGGAAUACAAAUACACGGAGCCGAUUCCCGGCGAGAAUGACCGAAUGAAGGACACGGCGACACGCGACCGGCUACUGGCCGAGCGCUCAAAGCUCUAUUCGGCUUUUGAGGAAGCCACUCUGAAGAUGAUGCGCAACCCGACAGACCAAGCGGUGCGCAAGGAGCGUUCGGAGCUGGCCAGCACCCUGCGGUCGCAAUACUGGCAGCUUGACCCGUACAUUCGCGCUCGGUCGUGGUACGACAGGACGGGCGUCCUCUGCGAGAACGGCACGGUCAACUACUACCCGCCCAAGGACUUCAAGUACAUAGUCAAUGGGGGCGGGAAGCAGAAGCAGGAGGACAACGCGAUCAAGAAGGUCGAUUCGGCACACGAGAAAUCAUCCCUCCAGGACAGUGCGCCGCCGGCCGUGACACUGAACGGCACCGCUUAG